UGAACUUGACCGUCGCUCUCUCUCGCAAAGCUUCAAUGGCGACGUCGCUCCCUAUUCUUGACCGUCGCGUAAGCGUAUGCGGUCAAGAUGGAUAAGCUAAUGCGACAGCCCUAGACUGGGAGGCCAACCUUGGGACUACCUUGUGAACUCCAAUGCCUCCUGCUUGGGCUUAUCCACUUUGACUGUCGCAUAAGCUUAUGCGACAUUCGGAUAAGCUUACGCGGGUAGCCAAUCUUGGAUUGGGACGCGCAUUUGCUUGCGAUCCUGCUUAACGCUCUCUGACGCGCUCUGCGCGCGUUGUGAGUGGACUACUAAACCACUGCCACUGCCACCAAACACCUCGAUGACGAAACCUUCAACAGCCUCGUUCUUCAUCGCGAAACUCCCGUCCUGGUCCUCUUCUGGACCGCCGAAGCUCAGUGCGACGAGGUUGUUCGCUUCGUCGAUGAGCUCGCAAUGAGGUUCGGGGACGCGAGUAAGCUCGCCUUUUGCAAGGCGAACACUGACAACCUCCCGUUCAUGGCCCAGACGUUCAACGUCAGCGCCACGCCCACUGUGAUCAUCUUCCAACGGGGGCGGCCUGUUGAGACCAUCUCAGGUGAUUUCCCCAUGGCUCACCUCCUUGCAACUGCUCAGAAGUACGCGGAAGACUCUUUCGCGUGAGGCGCUGCGUUCUCUUUGGGGCUUUCUCAAUGGAUGCUACGCGUGAAGUGCCUUCAUAUAUAUAUAAUAUUUUUUUUAUAAAAAAGAGAGAAAGAAACCCCAAUUUACGUG